UGCAGAACUAACGAGCGCGCGCACACACACACACACAGAGCAAUGCAACAGUCUGAACUGUGAAUAAAAGAAAUGGGUUAAUUCCUCCUACACAGCAAACUGAGCAGAGUUAAAUUUUUGGUGGUGAUGAACACAGAGUGAAUCUAUCUCUACUUGGAGUUGAUCUAACUCUGUAUGUUGUCUGAACUGUUAGCUUUCACACUGUACCACGAAAGAGUUGGUGUCAAAAUGGAAUGUUAUAACUGUCUUCUGGAAAUCAACUCUGAUAGUGUCACCGCUAUGGUGGAACGCAUCAUUAGGAGUGACUGACCUAGAUCAGACUGGUCGCAGAAUCGUCCGUCUUUCUGGUGGGAGUUAGGUUAAUAGACCCCUCCCUUAACUCUAGUGGAAUGCACAGCAGGUGGAAGGACGGAUAUUUUGUGGAAGAAGACUUUUCGCAUUGUGUCGGAAAUGCUGGCGAAAGUGGAGAUAGGAGGAGUUCCACAGACUGAUGAAGUCUUUCAAUUUGAGAAUUUCCUUCAAGAAGUAACAGAUAAGUUUAAUCUGCAGCCAGACAGUUUCAGUGAGGGCCAGCUCUCAGUCACUGAUGUAUCAGGAACAGAGGUGGAUGGAGAUGUCUUUGAUGAACUUCAAGGUCCCUUUACCAGUAAUGGAUCUGGAUGUUCAGCUGUUCUCAGAUCAAGCAUCCUCCUCUGUACUGACUCCACUAUCCCCAGCUUCAUCCCAUUCAUCAGAUUCCACAGUUGUCCUUGAGUCCACAAGAAAGAGGAGGAACCCAACAGGGUUAAUGGACCGGAAUGAAGCAAGACAAAAAAUUGAUUGUGUUCUGAGGGCCAAUCCAAAGGGUGAGGAAAUAUUCAUGGAGUAUGAAAAUACCAAAACACUAACAGAUGCCACACGUAAACAGAUGGUGAACGUCCUGGUUGCAGACAUGUUAGAGCUACAUGGGCGGAUUAUAUCAAGUGUGAGGACCAGUUAUGCACUGGGAAUUGUGACACUUUUUCCAUACCUCCAAGAUCCUUUCUCCAAACAUGGAUAUGAACACUACUAUGAUCCUGAGGGUAAUACUGGCUUUAUUGCAUGGAGAAUCAAGACAGUUCAACGUAACACCUGUGCUGGCUCCCGGUGUCAUUCCAAGACUGUUCUUCAGGAUGGUCCAAACACCAGAUGUGAAUCUCUGAUAACCUGUCAACAGCUAUUUUGUGAGGAGUGCAGGGAGGCGAUAUCUACAAUCCGACAUUCCACUGAUGAAUCUGUGGUCAAAGAGAAGAUGAGAGCGACUUUCCAGUAUCGACAGAAGAUAGUCAAUGAGGAUGCAUCAUCUUCAGUCCUGGAUUUGUUCCCUCGUUUCCUUGAUGUACCUGGAUUGAUUGACCAGGAUUUUUCCAUGAUGUUUGGUGAUGAAGUGUCUCAGAAGUUCUGUUUAUGUAAGGAGUUAAGUAAUGAGAAUAUUCAAAGAGAGUACAUAGUGCCCAUUUGUUAUAUUUAGAAAGACUUGACCUUGACCUUUUAGAUUUGUAAUCAUUUAAAUGUAAUUUUAAUUGUGAUGUAGCAUAUUACCACUUUAUAGUGUUAGAGGCAACUCAUUUUAUAGUAUGCAGUUAACACUAUGAGAGUUAAUGAAUUGCUCCUAUGAGAAUUAAUUUCUAACACUACACACUGGUGUUGAGAAAUUAACACUUGAGUAGUAUUAAAUUUCAACUAUACAAAGAGUUAAUGUGAACUCUAUUAAAGUGUUAAAAUACCAACACUUUAAAAAGUGUUAAAAUGACACUGCUGAGUGUGGACCCCUCCAGACUCUUUAAAAGUGUUGAAAUUAACUCCAAUAGAGUUGACUUGUUUCUGGGGAUUUUGCUGUGUAUUCAUGUGCAAAAUUCAUGUGAUAAGUCAAGAAAGACAACAUUAUUACUGUUAGGGUUGAGCAGUGCAUUAUUUCAUGAGGUUUCAUUGAUGGUAUAAUAAACACAUGCACGCAAGCACGCAUACACACACACACUUAAAAUCAUAUAGACAGCUGAAUUUGCUCUACUUGGUUCAUGCUGUGUUCUGUCUGAAUACCAAACAUAUAGAGAAAAGUUGUAACCCGUUCACUCAAACUACCAAACACAAAACCUUCUGUUGUCUUACCUUUUGUGUAAUGGGUACUUUGAUUGGACAAUGCGUGCUUUAUCCAUCUACUUAUAAUUUUGUUUGUCCAAAUGCAGUUUUAGGGGGCCAAUUAGGAAGGCGGAAAUGACGCCAAAUAACAAUCUGCCGAUUUAUUUCACAUGUGCCGUCUCUGUCACUGCUGAUGACGUGUUAGGGAUUUGUUGAAGAAGCAGAUUGAAAAAUGACCAUCACUGAUACAGCAGGCUGUGCCCUGAGAGGAACAAGGUGUUACAAUAUUUCCACUGUCUCUUAUUUACAUUCCCACCUUCACAAAUAUGCCGGAAAUUCCCCAGGCACUGGAGGGGCUUCUGUAGAACUAUUUCCAUAAUUAUUGUUUAUAACUAAGAUUUCGACAAUUGUAAAGCAACCUUGGUGUCAUGUAUCAGGAAACUCUGGACUCCAGUUCCCAUCAGCCACUGCACUGCACGACAUGUCACAUGACCACCUGCACCUGAUUCACAUUUCUGUUAAUGAGCACUCCUGUCUUUAUAUAGCCAUUAUCUGCACUGAUUCUUGGUCUUUUGUUGUCUUGGACUACCAUGUUCCAUGUUCCUAUGUUUUGUUUCAAGCCACAGUAUUUUGCCUAGUUGUCUUAGUGUCUAUGUUUUGUUAUUUGUUUAUAUAAUAAAUGUUAUCUGACUGUGAUUGCUUCCGAGCCCAUCCUUGAUUCGUGACAGAACGAAAGACCUUCAAUCGGAAGCAGCAGUUUGCCAAGAUGGACGACUGGGGCGUCAGGAUGCCACCAAUGUUAGUGGAGUACUUUGCCACGUUACGCCAACAGUUGGAGGAUUACCAAGGUGCGCUACGAAAGCAGCGGGUCGCCAGGAAUUACCUGGGCUUCAACAUACCGCUUAUGUUCAUGAAGGACUACGCCACGCCAACAGGAGGAGGAGUCCAGGUACAAGGGGGGGGGUCUGUGGUCGUAGCUAAUACCAUCUCCCACACUCCCUCCCUUAUUAUAGCUCUUGUUCAGCCUGCCCACUCUGCUGAGUACGUUGCUCAGCUUUCCUGUUCAGCCGAGGACGUCUCUCCGCAUUCAUGCACUGCCGAGGACGUCGCUCUGUUUCCCUGCUUCGCCGAGGACGUUGCUCUGCCUUUCUGUUCAGCUGAGGAUGUUGCUCUGCCUCCCUGUUCAGCGGAGGACGUCACUCUGCCUUCCUACUCCGCUGAAUACAGCGCUCUGUUUUCCUGCACAGUGGAGGACGUCGCUCCGCCUUCACGGAAUGUCAUGGAUGAAGCCUUGAAGCCUUCCUUAUGGUACGCUGGUUCUGUGCCCAAACCGAGAACAUGACAGUCAUGCAGCGAUCCACACUGAUGAUGAUGAGAAGAAAGAUGCUGCUGAACAUGUUGAGGAACAUCACGAAGGAGGUGAACCUGCACAUGAAAAGUCCAAAGAUCCAGUCAGAUGUGGCUAUGUAAAAGGUGUUGAAGGGCAAGGUGGCACAGAAUAUGAAGUCAGAAAUGGCCAGGUUGAGAUACCAGCUGGUGUUGACCGUUUUCUUCAUCUUUAAACCUGCGAUCCAGAUCACCACACCAUUUCCCACAACCCCCAGUACAGUGAUGAUCACAUUCACAACCAGCAGCAACAUGCACAGAAUCUCUCCAGAGCAAAAUUCGUGUCCAUUGUGAGACAUAUCCAUGCACGUUUGGUUAUCAUCCAUGUAGUUUGCAUAGUCCGUAGAUAUGUAAUCUAGCAUGAAAUCAGUCGUGUCCAUGAUUUUUCCUACAUCCUUUUGACUGUCCAUGGAAUAAAAUAAAAUAUCACAUGCCACGAGUGAACCUUCUGAUAUCAUUGACACAUUUGAAUGGCUAUGUAAAAUGAAGCAAUGUGAUAACAUGAAAUUAAUAAUGAGCUCAUAUGGCCAUGGGCGUUGUUUUGUCUCAGGACAGCUAGCAUUUCUGCUAUAGUCAAGCAACUGUUUGACUCCGAACAUGUCAUAUCACAGCAAACCAGUGACUACAUUUCCCAUCCUGCACUGUAACCUACAACCAUGGCCACCGUGGACUGCAAUUCCUAGAACACUCGCAUUCAUUCUAAUCUUGCACACCUGCAUCCAAUUCACAGCACUCACAAUCACAGUGUAAAGAGACUGUUUGUACACAAUAACAUUGCGAAGUAUUGAGCAUAUUCACUGUGCCAAGCUUUUGUUCAUGUUGCAUUUCAUGGUUUUUGAUCUUGUUUCUAGUUUCUCAUUCUCGAUUCUUGCAUUGUCUAGUUUAUGCCUGUUUGCCAAUCGCAUGACCCAUUGCCUGUUUUUGACCAUGCUAUUGUCUCAUGAUUUGGAUUUGUAUGCCUGCCUCGCUUUAUUAAAAGCUCUUAUCUGCAA